AUGGCGACUACAAAUUCUUCGUCUUCAUCGUCAUCGUCAUCCACUUUCCACGGAUGGAUAGCUCACUCUGCCACCUCUCCCCUAGAAUAUGGUACCUUCGAGCCCAAACCUUUCGCAGAUACCGACGUCGAAAUCAGAAUCACGCAUUGCGGCAUCUGCGGCUCGGAUGUCCAUACCAUCCAUUCCGGCUGGGGUCCGACAGACUACCCCUGCGUCGUCGGCCAUGAGAUCAUCGGCAUCGUCGAGCGAGUCGGGUCGCAAGUCAGCUCACAGGACAUCACCGUCGGCGCCCGCGUGGGUGUUGGUCCGCUGAGCAAGUCCUGUCUGAGCGCGAACUGUGACAUGUGUUCUGCAGGUCGCGAGAACUACUGCUCGCGCCCGGUUUGGACCUACAAUUCCCGGUAUCCGGACGGCAGCAAGGCGUAUGGAGGCUAUGCGACUCACUGGCGAGGCCCGGCGCAUUUCGUCUUCAGAAUACCCGACGCGCUGCCCUCUGCUGAAGCGGCGCCGCUGCUCUGCGGCGGGCUGACCGUGUAUUCGCCGCUGAUCCGCUAUGGCGCCGGCCCAGGCAAGGCUGUCGGCAUCAUCGGCAUGGGUGGGCUGGGACACCUGGGGAUUCUCUUCGCGAAGGCGCUCAACUGUGACCGGGUGGUAGCCAUCUCGCGCAGCUCGAGCAAGCGCGACGACGCGCUCAACGGGCUAGGCGCAGAUGCGUUCAUCGCGACGGACAACGAACCGGACGAGUCGUCGAAAGGCGAAAACAAGCCUUCUUAUUCCUGGGCUAAAACGCAUUCCCGCACCCUCGAUCUGAUCAUCUGCACCGUUUCGUCGCCCAACAUGCCCCUUGCGCAGUAUCUGCGCCUGCUCAAGAUCGACGGAACGUUCGUGCAGCUCGGAGCGCCGGAGGAGCCGCUGCCUGCGAUCCAGGCAUUCUCGCUCAUCCAGAAGGCCGUCAAGGUGACCGGGUCGAACGUCGGGACGCUUCGCGAGACGAGGGAGAUGCUCGAGUUCGCGGCGCAGAAGCGCCUGCUUCCUUGGGUGCAGACGCGGCCGAUGAGCGAGGUAAACGCUGCGCUGAAGGAUUUCGAGGCUGGGAAAGCGAGAUAUCGAUAUGUGUUGGUGAAUGAGACGGAUAGCCAGGCGAGGCUGUAA